UUCACCUGAUCUGUUUCUUUCUUUCCUCUUCCUCCUCUAAACAAAUUUGUUCUUUCCAUACACCAAUAAAUUAAAGUAAUGCAUUUUGAUAUAUGAUACCCAUACAGUACUCAGUUUCUUUUUUCGCAAGUUCGGCAUUAAAUUCAUUGCCUCCAAACUUUUCCAAUAGACGCAGAGUUGGGUUUGUCGACUUAACGAUGACGGCCCUCCAACAGAAUAUUUAUGUUUUUUAGAAUGAGAAAGAAGAAAAGACAAAAGAAUAUAAUAAAAGAUGAUCGAGAGUGAAUCAGAAUUGAGAAUGCAGCUGCUUUGGCGUGGCCAUGCCCUUGUCAAUUGUCAUUUUCGAAAGCUACGAUCGGGCGCGCUGUACUAAACCAAAAUUCUCACGGCUCACGGCCCAAGCCAACCCCAAUCGAAGAAAACAAAACAAAACCCUAAAAAUAUAUAUAUAUAUAUAUUACAUCGUUUCUGUUUCUCUGCGUUUUAAAACUUGAUUUCCAUUCCAGCCCAGAGAGAGAUUUACGGGGAAGAUGGGGCUGCUGUCACUGUUGGAGGUGGCAUUGAUGCCCAAUUUACAAGUCCUCCUCAUCUGUUUAUUGGGAGCUUUUCUGGCCACUGAUUACUGCAAUAUUCUUCCUGCUCACGCUCGAAACUCCCUCAACAAGAUUGUUUUUACUGUUUUCACUCCUUGUCUCAUGUUUGCAAAUUUGGCCAAAACAGUCACCUUCCAGGACAUCAUUUCAUGGUGGUUCAUGCCACUGAACAUUGGUCUUACGUUUCUGUUGGGAGGAAUAUUGGGAUGGAUAGCUGUUAAAAUAUUGAAACCCAAGCCAUAUCUUGAAGGCCUUAUCAUUGGAACCUCUUCUGCUGGAAACUUGGGAAACCUUCUUCUCAUCAUCAUCCCUGCCAUCUGCGCCGAAGAAGGCAGCCCUUUCGGGGACCGCGAAACCUGUAGUUCUCUUGGACUUUCUUACGCAUCCUUCUCCGCAGCGCUCGGUGGGUUUUACUUGUGGACUUCCACUUUCCACCUGGUGAAAACGUCUUCGUUGCGCCUCAAAGAACUCGAGGCGUCCGAGGAGCUGUUGAAAGCACCCAACCAGGCCUCCAAUGCCGCCCUACAUACUCACCUUCUCCACAACCAACAUAAUGGAGAAGAGAUUGAAUCCCAACAACCAGUGGCCAUCUUACAGAAACAGGAACCAGCCUCCCUUUGGGCUAAAAUACUUCAACUUUUUCACGUUAUCAUUGAAGAGUUGAUGGCCCCUCCAUCAUUAGGAGCCGCAUCUCAUAGUUGGGUCGCAGGCUCCAUUUCGAGUAAUCCAAGAUGCUAUUCAACUACUCGGGGACGGAACGAUCCCUUGUACCACUCUUAUACUAGGGGGCAACCUGACUCAAGGGCUACGAUCGUCGAAGGUGAAGGCGUCGACGAUCGUAGGGGUGAUCGCUGUUCGGUACUUUGCACUGCCCGGAAUUGGCGUUUUUGUGGUGAAAGGUGCCAAUGCCUUGGGGUUUCUGUCGCCGGAUCCUCUGUAUCAAUUCUUGUUGAUGAUUCAGUAUACGACGCCGCCGGCGAUGGCGAUCAGCACCAUGACUCAGUUGUUUGGGGUUGGUCAAGAAGAAUGCUCGGUUAUAUUGCUAUGGACCUAUUUGGCUGCAGCUCUUGCUCUUGCUGUUUGGUCUGCAGUCUUCAUGUGGAUCUUGUUUUGAUUCUUUUUCCUUUUUUAACAUUUAAUUUCUUCACCUUCACCCACCCAUUUUGUAUUCUUUUACCAUAUUUCAAAUAUAGAAACUAAGUUUGAAAAAAAAAAGGAAAUUUAAAAUAAGAAACAGAGUAGUCGCCAUACUAGGUAUACAAGUAGCCAUUGUUUCAGUACCGUGUUCUUGAUUAAUUGGAAGUCCAUUCUCGUUUGAUUUUAAACGUUCUCA